AUGGAUUCGCCAGCACCUUCACACGAGCCAGACUCGGCACAAAACCCGAAAUUAAUAGAAGAAUCAAAUGUCGAACCUCCUCUAUCCUCUUCAAGCUCCGACGAUCAGGAUGAUAUCGCAACCCCUCGUGCGUCAACUUACCAGCCUGUUACGGCUUUGGAUGCAGAUGCACUCAAUCGUAUAGCUCUGGAAGAAGAUUACUUUCCACCGCCACUACCUCCACGUCCAAUACUGGACUCUGCAACCUCUAAUAUUCUCUCAUUACAGAAUAUACAUUCUGCUACUUCAAGCGGUUCCUCUACUCCCGGCCUCCAGGCCAAAGCUACAACUGCUAUCUCCCUCCCCGAGGGUGUUCAUGCUCAUCAAACCGAUGGAGCUGGCUCCGGUACUGGUAGUGGAAUUGUUACAGGUGCUCCGUCAUUUAGUGACACAAAUAGUAUUGUUAGCCUUGUGCCGACAUUAAAUACAGGGGACAAUGACGUUGAGAGCAUGUUGGGUGAGAUACUCAGUGAGAGUGAAGGAAGGUUCUUAGGAAUGAGAAGUAAAGGUCUGGGAGGAAUUGGGUUUUCAGAUGGAAAUAUUGAGGAUGAAGGGUGGGAUGAGAGUAGUGACGAGGAGGGGUUGGAAGAAGAAGCAUUAAUUGCGAGGUGGAGAGCGCGUAAGAAACACUUUUUCAUCCUCUCCUCAGCCGGGAAACCGAUUUACAGCAGAUAUGGAGAUGAAACCGUCGUUUCCGGAUAUAUGGGCGUCAUACAGGCUAUCAUAUCUUUCUUCCAAGAUGGAGACGACACUCUGAAAUGUUUUAGUGCUGGGAAACAUAGAUUUGCGGUAGUUGCUGAAGGACCGCUAUACCUGGUUGCAAUCUCUUCAAUGGGGGAGUCAGAUUCACAGCUGCGAGCCCAACUCGACGCUCUGUAUACCCAAGUCCUUUCUACCCUCACUCUCAGUCAGCUGUCGAAAAUAUUUGCCACCCGUGAAAACUUUGACCUUAGACGCCUCCUUGGGGGUACUGAGGUUUUCCUUGACGGCCUCUCUGAUGCUAUGACAAGGGGAUCUCCUCAAAUCCUUCUCUCUGCCCUGGAAUGCGUUAAGAUGCGCAAACAUCAUCGCGAGAAAAUCAAUAAUAUCCUCCUCAAGUCUCGAUCAUCUUCACUACUUUAUGGGUUGGUGAUUGCGGACGAGCGCCUUGUAAGUGUGAUAAGACCAAAGCGGCAUAGCCUUCACCCCCCGGAUCUUCAACUACUUUUCUCGAUGCUUUUCAACGCGAGCACUUUUAGAGAUGGAGGGGAACACUGGACUCCUAUUUGUCUGCCGAAGUUUAACAGUAAAGGAUUUUUGCAUGCGUAUAUUUGCUUCUUUAGGAAAGAACUUGCCCUGGUAUUGAUAUCCGCAGAUAAGGAUGCAUUCUUCGAAAUGAGGGAGGUCAAGGAGGUUGUGGUUGAGCAACUGGAGAAAACUGGGUGCGUAGAAAUUGUGGAAGAGGCUGUCUCACGCGGGCGUUAUACAACAACCGACGUGCUUCCCGGUACCGUUAUAAGACACUUCUUGUACAAAUCUCGUGCCAACGUCCAGUUCACUAUGCCUUCAUUCGAGCCACAUUUCUAUACCGUUAUCACCCGAAGAAGGUUGAUGAACCUGUACCAACGACUUCACUCUGCCGUCCAUGCAAAGAACGCUCAUUUGAAGGUCCAUCACUGCAUCCGCAGCUCUUCUGUGUCUUUAUCUUGGAUUACGCCUACCUUUGAACUUUAUUGCGUGGCCGGUGCCGGAGCAAAUAGAAAUGCGCUUGCCAAAGGAGCGACGUCAAUUGUUAACUGGGUUAAAAGGGAGGAGGAGAGAUUAUUUGUCAUUGGGGGGGCGAUGUUUUAA